AUGCCGAUAUCCAUAGGAAACGAUUGUCCUCGGGAUCAACAUUCCUCGAUAGUGAUAUUCUUCGGUACCGGUAUCCCUCCUCCUCAAUGUCAUUUGGUACCGUUAUUCUUGGGAACCGGUUUUCCUCGGUAUCGGCGUUCCUCGGUAUGGGUACUCUUCGGUAUACCCCUUUCUCAAUGUCCCUUGGGAUCGGUAUUCCUUGGUAGAGAUUUUCCUGUUAGUCCGCAUUCCUCAGUACAGAUAUUCUUCGCUAUCGGUAUUCCUCUUUCCCUACUCGCCUUGGUAUUGAUUUUUCUUGGUAUCGGCAUUCCUCUUUUCCGAUGCUCUUUGGUGCCGGAAUACUUCAGUAUCGAGUUUACUCGCUAUCGCCAUUCCUCGAUACCAAUAUUCUUCGACACGGAUUUUUCCAGAUGUUCAUUGCUACCGGUAUUCCUCCGUACCGAUUCUCCUCUGCACCGGUUUUUCUCAUUUCCCGAUGGUCACAGUUACCACUAUACUUCCGCCCUGAUUUUGAUCGAUAUUAGCAUCCUUCGUAGCAGCUAUUCUUUUGAACCUAUUAUCUCGGAAUUCCUCGUAACGGUUUUUCUCAAAAUCGGCAUUCCUCGAUACGGGUUUUCUUCGGUAAUCAUAUCUCUCUGUACCCGUAUUCUUCUUUAUCAAUGUUCCUUGGUACAGGUAUUCUUUGGUAGCGAUUUUCUUCUUUUCCUAUGUUCGUUGGUACCGCUAUACUUCAGUAACGGGUUUUCUCAAAAUCGGCAUUCCUCGCGAUUUUCUUCGGAUUCGGUUUUAAUCACUACCGGAAUUCUUCGUUUUGGAUUUCCUCGGUACAGGUAUUAUUCUGUAUCAAUUUUCCUCUGUAUCACCAUUCCUCCAUACGGGUAUUCUUUGGAACUGAUAUUUCCCGGUACUAGUAUUCCUCUUUCCCGAUCUUCCUUCGUACUAGUUUCUUCAGUACCGAUUUUCCUCAGUAUCGACAUUCCUCGCUACCGUUAUAUUAAGUACAGAUUUUCUUUGGUAUCGACAUCCCUUGGUACCGGUAUUUUUCUGGCCUAUAAGAAUAAGGCCAAUACCAACCAUUAA